AUGGUCUCCGCACCGGAGAAGACGACCACAGGAACGCCAUCGCCGCCCACCCGUCCCACCACAAUGAUCAUCCAGCUGGGCCAACUGGAUAAUACCUCAGGCAAGCUACUCUGCGAGUCCAUCAAGUCCCUCCUGUUGGUUGAGGGCCCCGCCUUGGUGCAGUUCUUUCCUGCCCUGACCAAUCAGCUGCUGGAAGUCAUACUGGGCGCGGUCGCGGUCGGCCAACAUGUGCUCACUGUGCUGGCCACUAGUGGCAAUGCUGAAAGCAGGGCAUCCACCUGGGUGGAUGUUUGUCAGCACUUGACUUGGGGCAGUCCUGGGGAUCUCUCAAAGACUGCUGUUGGGUAA